AUGAUUUGUCUUAUUUUUGUUUUAUUAAUUUCAACUGUUGUAUCAAGUUCAAUAUAUCGACCAGUUGUUCUUAUGCAUGGUAUAUCAUCAACAGCUGCUGGUAUGGAAGAAUUAGCUGGUUGGAUUCGAACAUCUUUUCCUGGUAUUUAUGUUAUAUCAGUUGAAAUAGGUAAUGGUAAAGAAGAUUCAUUUUUAUUACCAAUUGAUAAACAAGUUGAACAAUUUUGUGAAAUUGUUUAUAGUGAUACACAUCUUCGUCAAGGUUUUAAUAUAGUUGGAUAUUCUCAAGGAAGUAUUAUUGUACGUGGUGCAAUUGAAAGAUGUUCAUUACCUGUUUAUAAUUUAAUAACAUUAAGUGGUAUUCAUCAAGGUAUUUUUGGUAUACCAUAUCUUUUACAACUUCCUGAAGAAUUUCGUGAAUUAAUUACUAAAUAUGCAUAUGAAAAUCCAGUACAAAAUGCAAUUAGUGCAGCAAAUUAUUGGCGUGAUCCAAAUCAAUUAAAUAGAUAUAUAUCUGAUUGUCAUUUUCUUCCAGAUAUAAAUAAUGAACGUGGAAUACCAAAUCAAAUAUAUCGUCAAAAUAUGAUUAAAUUAAAUGCUUUCGUUAUGACUUAUUCUGAUAUUGAUCAAGUUGUUACGCCGAAAGAAUCAGGUUUAUUUAUGGGUUAUCAACCAAAUUCAUUUAAUAUUGAAACAUGGAAUAAUUCAAGACAAUUUAAAGAAGAUCUUAUUGGAUUAAGAACAUUAUGGGAACAAGGAAAAUUAUUUACUUUUACUUCUCAUGUACGUCAUCAAGAUGUUACACAUGCACCUAAUAAAGAUUUUAUUAUGAAAAAUAUUUUACCUUUUUUUAACAAUACACUUUCAUAA